AUGAGAAUGAGAAAAGGCUGUAAAGUUAGUGAAAGAAGGGUCCAUUUUGAAAAGCACUGUGUAGUCGAUCUUCCCGUAGUAUCUUACCUACAAGAGAGUCGAUUGGGCCCUGCAAGGUUAAAAAAGAGAUGGAGAGACGGAAACAGCGAAAUAAGGAAUAAAACUGGAAAACUGAUGAAUUGUCCUGUAUCAUAUGUAAGAUAUAUUUUGAUAUUUUGA